CCAUUCAGGCUCUAGUGGACUUGCAUAAAAUCUAGGAAACCUCACACAAGGUUUAGAGUACGCCCAUGAGCGCCCAAAGGGAGUAGGGCAAAGCUUCCAAUUGCAACUGCUCCCCAGGGGGGUGGAGGAACGCCAGGCCCUGCCCGUGACUCCGCCGAGCCGGGCCGCCCCUUCUUCGUCUAGGUCAGAAUGGCCGCGACCGUGACGCUGGAGCCCGCCGGCCGCUGCAGCUGGGACGAGCCGGUGCGCGUAGUCGUGCGCGGCCUGGACCCGGGGCAGCGGGUCACGCUGCGCGCCUCCCUGCGCGACGAGAAGGACGCGCUCUUCCGGGCCCACGCGCAAUACUGCGCCGACGCCUGUGGCGAGCUGGACCUGACGCGAGCGCCCGCGCUAGGCGGCAGUUUCACGGGGCUCGAACCGAUGGGACUCCUCUGGGCCUUGGAGUCCGAGGAGCCCCAUGCGCGGCUGGUGAAGCGGGACGUGCAGACGCCCUACGCCGUGGAGCUGGAGGUGCUCGACGGUCACGAGCCGGAGGCCGGGCGGCUCCUGGGCAGGACGGUGCACGAGCGCCACUUCCUUUCACCCGGGGUGCGGCGGGAGCCGGUGCGCGCGGGCCGGGUGCGCGCUGCGCUCUUCCUGCCGCCAGGUGCGGGGCCCUUCCCUGGGAUCAUCGAUCUAUUUGGGAGUGGCGGUGGCCUCUGUGAAUACAGGGCCAGCCUCCUGGCAGGACAUGGUUUUGCUGUGCUUGCUCUGGCUUAUUUCAGAUUUGAAGACCUCCCUGAAAAUAUGAAUGAGAUUCACUUGGAGUACUUUGAAGAAGCUGUGGGCUUCAUGCUGCAGCAUCCAAAGGUGAAAGGCCCUAGUGUUGGGCUUCUUGGCUUCUCCAAAGGUGGUGACCUGUGUCUCUCAAUGGCCUCUUUCUUGAAGGGCAUCACAGCCACUGUACUUAUCAAUGCCUGUGUGGCCAACACAAUAGGUGCUCUGCAUUACAAGGAUAUGAUUAUUCCUGAUCUUGGCAGUGACCUAAAGAAACAUACAAUCACCGAGUCAGGCCUUUUGGAUUUCAUGGAUAUUUGGAACAAUCCACUGGAGGAACCCUACCACCAAAGUCUUAUUCCUUUGGAAAAGGCCCAGGGGCCCUUCCUGUUUAUUGUUGGCAUGGAUGAUCGUAGCUGGAGGAGUGAAUUCUAUGCUCAUAUAGCCUCGGAACGGUUACAAGCCCAUGGGAAAGACAGACCCCAGAUAAUCUGCUACCCAGGAACUGGUCAUUGUAUUGACCCACCUUAUUUUCCUCCUAGUAGAGCCUCUGUGCAUGCAGUAUUGGGCCUACCAAUAUUCUAUGGAGGUGAGCCAAAGGCUCACUCAAGGGCACAGAUAGAUGCCUGGCAACAAAUUCAAACUUUCUUCCAUAAACAUCUCAAUGGUAAAAAAUCUGUCAAGCCUAGCAAAAUGUAACAUUAAUCAUAGAUGAAAUAUUAUCAAUAAAAAUCCUACUGAUACAAAAUGUAUUGGGUUUUCCAGAGCACCUAGGAACCUCUUUGUAACAAAGCAGCCAUCUUGGCUUCCUUGUCAGGUCCUACUGGAUUCUCAUCCUUUGCAACCCUCCUUUCUUCACUGCUGGGUCCAUUUCUUUCUUCCCUGAACUUGAUCCAAUGUAUAGGCUUAACCCUGAUCUUAUCUGUAGGACCAAUCUUAACCUUAAGCAGGAGAAAUGUAAGAAGUGCUUACCUAACUCUCAGUUGCUGGCCUAGCUUUGGUCUUGUGUUCUAGUUCUAAAGACUGAGAUUCUGUAUUGCUAAGAGUCCCAUAUCCCCUUUGGGCUCUAACUGACAAUGUCUGAGCUUUGGGAACCUGCACACUGGAGUCCCUUUAGAAAUGGACUCUGCUUCAUUCUUGCCAGUACACAUUCCUGAACUCCAGAUUUGUCUCUCAACCCCACUCUAAAGAUUGGGACAUUGAUAUACUUGUAUACAUACAGCAAGUAUAUGUAUACUGUUUCAGUUACCAGCAGUCAGUGGUGGUCAGAAAAUAUUAAAUGGAAAAUUCAACUCACAAGCUUUAAAUUGUAUACUAUUCUGAGUACCUCACUUCGUCUUAUCACAUAGGCUUUGUGAUCUCACAUCAUCACAAAAAGGGUGAGUACUGUGCAAUAAGAUAUUUUGAGAGCACAUUCACAACUUAUUACAGCAUAUUGUUAUAAUU